UCCCGAGAUUCAGUUGACCUGCGUCCUUUUGCAUUCAUUCCACUUUGCGGACUCACUCCUGCGUUUUUCAAGCAAUUCCCACUUAAAUUCCCCGCCAUCAGCUCUUCACCGCAUUUUUUGGCGGUAAGGAGUAGCUCAGAGUAUCCAUCUACUUUUAUCCUUUCACAAGCCAAAAGUUUUCACUUCUUUUUAUAAACCUUCAUAAAUACAGAAUAUCGGGAAACGGAAGCUGGUCUUCUCACGCAAUAUCCUUCAUUACAAUAAUCAAAUUAUACGUUAAAAUGGCUCCCAUGGCGGAAACCGUUACCAUUAUCAAUAAAUCCGGGAAAGUAGUGAGCACUGUAAGUAUUUCUACGAUUUUUCCGAAGUUCUACCUGCUUCCCCUCCAUCGGAUGAUAUUGGAUCAUACAGGAUGUGCUGUGACUAAUAACCACCUUUCAUAGGGAAAACAACUGGUAAACAUCUUCAAAGAUGCAAAAGCCGCAUACCAAGAGAAGAAGACACAAUUAAGAGAAGAACACUAUCAACGAGAAGAAGAGCGAGUACAGAGAGCACGAAGAAGAGCAUACGAAUCUCAGUAUGUAAUUGAAGAUGUUGGAGAGGGAGGAGACGAUGCACAAUCGGUAGCAUCUAGACGAUCUCAUCGAUCCCAUCGUUCACAUUCUUCCCGUCAAGAGCCCCGAUCAAAUUCUCGUCCUCCUCUCGCACUCAACAAUCAUGAGGAAUUUCCAGAUUCGCAAAGCAUGGCUAGUGGACGCUCCCACCGUUCUCACCGUUCCCAUCGUUCGCAUACCAGAACUCGUCACGAGUUGAAUUUCGAUGAUUUGGAAGAGGAGGAUGACAUGCAAAGUCUAGCGAGUAAACGGUCACAUCGUUCUCAUCGAUCGAAACGAAGUCACUCCGUUCAUGGUUCUAAAGCUCCCACCCAACACGAGUCCGCAGAAACUCACCACGAAGAUCCAGAAGAGAGCCUUUAUGAUCCUCCUCUCGCCACGUAUAAACAACCAUUUGCCGGGACGGAAAUGACUCUAGUGAGAAGAAAUACGGACAUGCAAACUCCUCCUAUGCCAGGCCAUCUCGUGAGAAGAGAAACAGCUCCUCCAUCCUGUCAGGGUGGCCAAUUAGUCCCUCAUCCGAAAACCGUACCGGAUCUUCAAGACGACGGAAUCGACAUGGAUUUAGCGUAUGGAGAUCUACCCCCUCAUCUAGAAUCUGACCAUGAACCCGAAUAUGAACAACCCCUCGUUCCACAACAACUCCCAGCAGAACUCGAUGAAACAAUGAGUAAACUAGACAGUCUUCUCAUCGAAGCGCAAUGUCUUCAUCACACUGCUACAGGCAUAAUGUCAAAUUUGCAAGCCAACCCCGAAGCCAUGGCUGCCGUAGCCCUGACCCUCGCAGAACUUUCUGCACUUCUAACCAAAAUGUCUCCCUCCAUACUUCCCAUGCUCAAAGCCAGUUCUCCAGCUAUUUUCGCCCUCCUCGCCUCUCCCCAAUUCCUCAUCGCCGGAGGUGUGGCCCUAGGUGUUACAAUCGUAAUGUUCAACGGCUACAAAAUCAUCAAGAAGCUCCAAGCCACUCCCGAAAAGACAUUGGAAGCUCCAAUGGCCAUGCAAGCUUUACCCGCUACUCCCGGCUACCCCGAAACACCCGGAUUCAUGGAACCCAAAGAUAUGCAACACGAAUACGAAGAAGCGCUGCCAUGUGAAGCGUACGAGAAGGAAUUAAGCAGUAUUGAUAUCUGGCGUCGAGGGAUCGUGGAUGCAGAAGUGGAAAGUGUAGGUACAAGUGUUGAUGGUGAAUACAUUACACCUACAGCUGCACGACAGAAGGAAAGUCGAAAUGCAGAGCGAAUUCGUCAGCGAGCUGCUGAGGAGAGAAUUGAUGAGGAUGAUGAGGAAUCGAGAGGGAUCUUGAGUCGCUUCACUAGUAAACCUCGACGAUCAAAAACUCUUCCUGUCAGAAGUAGUGGGUCUCAAUUUGAACCUUCGCCUGCUAAAGGGAAGGAUGAUUUGGAAUCUACCCGUACUUCUCGUGAGAAGACCUCCAAGUCAAGCAAGACUUCUAAGAGUCAUAGGUCAAGUCACUCAAAGAAGGAUGAUGAGAAUGCAUCGACGGCUUCAGGACGAGGGGAAAGAACAGAACGAGUAGAAAAAGAAGAAAAAGAAUCCAAAGAAAAGAAAAAGAAGACUCCUCUGAGUAUUUUUAGAAGCAAGACGGAAAAGAGUAGUAGUCAUAAGGGAAAGGAGAAGGAGGGAAAGAAGAUGGGUCAUCAUCCGCUUUUACUUGAGGUUUAAGUUGAGAUUUUCUCAUCUUGAGCUUUUUUGUUGCGUGGCUUUGUGGUAGGCUGUCAGAUGGUGUCUACUUACUACAAACUUCUAUUCUUCUUCUGGGUGAAAUAUCUUACAUCUUAGGCAUGGCUUUACUUGCUUCACUUCACUUCACUCUUUUUUUUUCUUUUCUUUUUUGCUUUCUUUCUACCUCAUUUAGCGAUUAGCAUUUAGGUUUGGGGGAAAGGAGUGAUUUUCUUUCUCAUCUCUCUUUACAUCUCAUUUCAUCUCGUCUCUCAUUUCAAACCACCUCAGAUUGGCGCGGAGACAACCCAACUCAGAUCAGAGAUCAAAGGGGAGGAAAGCUUUACGAUU